AUGGCCAGCAAGCGCUCUUACUUCCAGAGCAUCCAAGCGGCAUUGCGCCGGAGGUUGCUCCGACACAUCCUACAACUACCCGAGGAACUGAUACUGUUGGUCCUGCGCCAUUAUGUCCGCUCACUCCCGCCAAUCAAUCUGGAUUUCCACCGCGACAUCGCAAAGACCGCCAGGUCCAUCAUCCCCCCGGACUUUCCAGCGACUGACAAGCUUGUCCGGCUGUGCACACAUGCUCUCCUUCAAGACGCACUGCUACAUUUCCGAUUUCAGAUUCAAGGAUCUCUCCCAAGCAGGUUUGUAGUUAUGCCACCCUUCGUCACGAAGUGGUUCAACGAUCAAAUCCGGCACUAUCAUCAGAUCUGUCACUUCGAGCUGUGCGUCGACUCUCGCCUGACCUUCAAAGGACUCCGCAUGGCGUCGUUCCCUUACUCCACAGCGCAGUAUCCCAUCGGAUUGUACACCGCCAAGGACGCCAUGGACUCACUCAUCUCUCAGAUGACAAGAUUGCAAUCAUUGCGCAUCUUGAUCUCGGGGCGGUUCGACAAGAGCCUACACUCAGAGGACAGAUUUGGACGGCGGGUACAGCGCGUACAGCAGGUACAGCAGAGUACCAUCAGUUGGUGGCCAACACAGUCCGUCUAUAGCCGCCAGGGGAUGAGUACCGUCGCAGCUGCCAUUGCAGACUUGUUGACAGAAGCCAAGCGCCCCAACCUGCAGGUCUUCCUCCAGAUCGAAUGUCGACAUCUGGGAGAACGCAUGAUCUUGACACCCUCCAUCGAGCUUGGAGACAGACCUGUCUCAAUCGCAGUUGAAGAGUGCUUCUCAGGAGAACUCCAAUUCGUCAGCCAUUCGUUGGAACGCUGCGCGAAAGGGCUAUGUCAUUGCUUCUGA